CACGAUUUCAGCAAGCAAACACGACUUACCAACAAACAAUUGACAGACAGUUUUCGACAGUGUCUAUUUGAAGUUUUCAAGUUCUUACAAGUCUGGAUUAGAAUCAACAUCAUGCAUAACGGCGAUGAUUUUGAUGACGUUGAUUACCCAGUUAAGUGGAAGAGAUAUCAGCCAGCCAACAGGCCGCUUAGACGGGAGACAGUAGGCUUCCCUGUCGAUACAUUUGAUCUGAGGAUACACGUCCUUAUAGGAUACAUGGAGAAGGCCGUUCGUCGUCCUCUCCUCAAUCGAGUUGUGUAUGAUGAAAUAGAUGACAGCGACGAUGAUAGUGAAUCAGAUAGCUCCAGCGGAGAAGAAACGAGUCAUGAUGAUGAUGAUGAUGAUGAUGAUGAUGAUGAUUACACAUAUAACAAGUAUAAAAACCUUGGAUGUUUCUUCACCGAAAAAGAUGGUACUCAGGAGCCAUAUGAAGUUUGUGUUCGAUUCUCAUGCAGCCCUCUGUCUGAUGACGACGAAGAGAAAUUCGUUGAGCGAAUUAGCCAAGAAACGCAAAUAGAAAGCGACACUGCCGAGUCAACAAAGCUGUGUUGGGAGUUGUUUCAGAAGGAGAACGAAAAUGUAAAGAAAUCAUACCUGACCUGCCUGAACUGUUUCAGAACGACAUACAGUGAUGACGACGAAGUGAAGGAAACCCCAAACCCCGUGAAAAGGGCAGGACCACUCCGAAAAGUUUUCAGCUGGUUCCAGAGAUUCCAACGGUGGAUCAAAGACUAAUCAAUGUUUAUAACUGGUUAAUUUCUGAAUGGUUUGCAAUUUUGUCGGUUUUUAACGAUAACGAUUUACUUAUACAUGUUUGCUAUGAUUUUGAGGUAUAUAUUUUGUGAAUAUUGUACGUGGAUAUUGUAUUUUCAGGUAUAUAUUUUGUGAAUAUUGUACGUGGAUAUUGUAUUUUGAGGUAUAUAUUUUGUGAAUAUUGUACGUGGAUAUUGUGUUUUGAGGUAUAUAUUUUGUGAAUAUUGUACGUGGAUAUUGUAUUUUGAGGUAUAUAUUUUGUGAAUAUUGUACGUGGAUAUUGUAUUUUGAGGUAUAUAUUUUGUGAAUAUUGUAUUUUGA